CGAGGGCCAACCGCAUCGAAUUAGGUAGAAAGUGCAAAGUCGCUGGGAUCUUGAGAGGGCAUGGAACGGCGCCGGCGGCAGGAGACGCCACGCUCGCCGAGCUCGUCUGUGGCGACGUCCGAGGGGCUUCAGGAGCGAGAGGCCCUCGUGCACGAGCUCACAGAGCUGGUCGAGAAGGAGGCGUUGCGCGACGCCCUCGCCGCCUGCGAGUCGCCGAUGACCGACAGUCUCGAGAGCGCAAGCGACGCUGACGAUACCUCGGAGGACGUCGAGGUGCCGUACGCACCGCAGCCCAAGAAGCUUUUGCCGACGCCGGCGACCCCGAUUCUCGUACCUCGCAUAUAACUCUUGCGUCCUAACGUGCCGGUAGAACCAUUGGAAUCAAUUCCAGACCGCGAAUGACUUGAGCUGCGUUCGGGACCUCGUGCACGUGUGCAUCGCGCGCCAGCGUCUCCGGAACCACGACCUCGCUCUCUUCUGCCAUAAUCUCUCGGGGUUUGUCGCGAUGCGCACCCUGGAUGCGAGCCACAACCAGCUGGACGACGGCGCGUGCAACGAGCUGCGUGCACUGCUAAACUCGAAGCGACCGCGGCUGCUCGGGCUCAACCUAGCUUGCAACCUCCUUGGCGACCACGCGUUUCAACUCGUGUGCGAACGCCUUAGCACCAACGUGUCCCUCGUGUGGCUCAACGUGCUCGGCAACCCCUUCACGUACUCGGCCACGUCGAUCCCUUUGUUGCGCGACGCCCUCUACAUGAACGAAGUCCUCGAGUCGCUCGCCAUCAGCUUGGGCGACUUUGAGAACCCGGCGACUUCACCAGCUACGGUGGCCCAGCGACGCAAGCCCCGCUUGGCAAAGAACUUUGUGCGUGGCCUCGGCUUCCACUCCAAGCAUUUACGCGACGCACAGUUUGGCCCCAAGCCAAUGCUCAAGCAACUGUCGCUCACCGCCUUGUCGCUCGCAAACGCCGAACUCUCGACCGUGACGGUCUCGGAGCUCAUGGGUGUCUUGUGCCAGCAGACGCAGCUCACAGCCCUCGACCUUUCCUACUGCUUUGUUGGUAUCGCCGGCGCCCGCAUCCUCGCCCAUGCUAUCGACACGCAGGCAGCGUUCCCGCUGCUGAAGCUGCAGCUCAAGUGCAAUCACAUUGGCAGCGCCGGCGCCCUUGCACUGGUCGACGCCCUGCAGUCCAACACAACACUGACGGCGCUCGGCUUGGACAAGAACGAAAUCUCGAACGAGGGUAUCGUCGCUUUGGCCGAGUACCUCCCACGACUGCCCUGCUUGACGCGGCUAAGUCUUGCGCAGAACCACUGCCAGGCGUCGGGAUUGGCGGCGCUCACGCAUGCGCUGGCAGCGUCACCGCAGCUCACUGACCUCGGCGCCAUGGCUCGGCUGUGCGAGGGCCGCGUCGACGAGCGGAUGCGGGCACUGGCGACCGCUCUCGCCACCAACGGCCACGCCAUGCUCUGUGAUGCGACCCACAUUGUACACGCAUCGUCCACGUCUUCCGACGUCAAGCUCCUCGAUGUUAAUACGUGGACGAUUGUGGCGCAAUUUGACGUUCACCGAGACGCGCGUCUGAGUUUAACGUGGCGCUGCAGAGCGUCUCUCAUCGCCAAGACGACGCAUGCGGCCACGUUGAUGGACCACAUCGCGUGGCAAGUCCUCCAUCAGCGCUCGUGUGACGCGCGCGACGUCGAGCCCGAAGUGCUCGUCGAUGGCCGCGCACCGUGGUCCACCCACCUCGAGCACGCGGUCAGCGCCGUUGUGCUGGCCGGCGACCGCGUUUGCAUCCAGUACCUUCUUGUUGCGCGGGAUCCGUCUCUGCGUGUGGAGCUCUGUCUCGAUGGAAUGCACGAAGCGCACCAUCAUGUGGACGCUCGCCACCUGUACUACAAGGCCCUCGCGCCGCAGCGUGUGCCAUGGCACCCGAUCGCAUACUGCCACCAGGCCGACUUCUACCAUCUCAAGGAAGCACGUCUCGCCAACAUUUACAUGUCGGAAGACGGCGCCUUUCGACUCGUGUGGGCGCUGCACCUCACCGCCUCCAAGAUCUCGGUGCUCGACGUCUUCUCGCCCGACUGCUUCAAGCUGCACCUGCGCCGGGCCAAGAGCUGGUCCCCAUCGAUCGUUACGAUCGCAGAGGGUGGCAUUAGUGACUUCAAUGGCGUCUUUCGCAAGCCCCAUAGCUUUGUGUGCUCGAUCGCGACGCGCGGGUGGGCGACCGGCGACAUCCUUCGCCUCUCGCUCUCGGCGUCGGACGACUGCGAGCUCGACGUGGCCGACCUGCGCGUGGUGUACGAGGUGCAGCGGUACGACGCGCCGACCCCACCGUAUGCGCAGCUCGCAUUGCAAGUGCACGAUGUGCUCUUUGACUAGCAGUAUAUGUCAUAAAGGAGGCGUGUCCCGGGAAUUGAAGUCGCUGACUUGGAGGCC